AUGAAGGCUCCGAGGAGACCGAGGCAGACGCGGCUCCUCCCCCGGUUCUGCGUCUGUGGAGUCGGUCUGCUUGCAGCCGCCUGGAUCUUUCACUUCCAUGACAAUACAGGCUCCCAUAGUCCAGCUGUGGAUCCCACAAUCUCCUUGUCCAGGAGAAAGCUCAUGCAACAAACAGAAAACAACCAGAAUGACAGUAUAUCUAGAUCCGCUAUCAGUGAGUUUCCUGAAGACGUCUUUACUUUGGAUCAAAGGAGACAGGGGGCGGUACUCCUUCAUGUUCUCUGUGCUAUCUACAUGUUUCAUGCACUGGCCAUCGUGUGUGAUGUUUACUUUGUGCCAUCACUGGAGAAAGUAUCAGAGAACCUUCAUCUCAGUCAGGAUGUUGCCGGAGCAACCUUCAUGGCAGCUGGGAGCUCUGCCCCCGAGCUCUUCACAUCUUUGAUUGGAGUGUUUAUCACAAAGGGAGACGUUGGUGUAGGAACCAUCGUAGGAUCAGCUGUCUUUAACAUCCUGGUCAUCAUCGGCAUCUGUGGUAUCUUCUCUGGACAGCCCAUCUCUCUGAGCUGGUGGCCUCUGUUCCGUGAUGCUGUCUUCUACAUUCUGUCCAUAGUGGUGCUUAUUCUGGUGAUCUAUGAUGAAAAAGUCAUGUGGUGGGAGACCAUCAUCCUGAUCUCUAUGUAUGGAAUUUAUAUAAUCAUCAUGAAGUUCAACAGAUCUCUGUGUUCCCUGGUAGAGAAACACUGCAGCAGGGCAGGUCAGCCGUGUCUGAGCAGUCUGCGACGGACAACUGCUGUCGGAAACAUUGGAGACUGUGACAAUGACAUGGUGCCGCUGAAGCCAGACUCGUGCGUGGUGGCCGGUCAGGACUCAGGGGUUGUGAUGGUGGAUGAGCUACUGAACGUACACCCCCACCAACUCACCUUCUCAGAGAGGCAGAGGCUGAUUCGCGCUCGAGUCGGCCCGGAGGAGGGGGGAGCCUCUGGGGAGGAAGGUUUGGGUGCUAGUGGGCCUUGGGGGAGGGAGAAUGGGACGGUGGCUGAGGGAGGGAGACAGAUGCUGGAAGGAGAGAGGGAGAGGGCUAAAGAGACAGACGGGGGAGAGACGGGUGGGGGAGCACAGCCUAAAGAGGAAGAGGAGGAGGAAGAAGAGCAGGAGGAAGGAGAGGAGGAGAACACUCCCUUUAAACCUUUUGUCCUGCCAGACGGCUGGUGCAUGCGUCUGAAGUGGCUGCUCUCCUGGCCACUGAGCAUCCUGCUUUACUGCACCAUCCCCGACUGUAGCCUGCCGCGGUGGGAGCGCUGGUACCUGCUCACCUUCCUGUCCUCCACGCUUUGGAUCGCUCUCUUCUCCUACCUCAUGGUCUGGAUGGUGACCAUAAUCAGCUACACACUUGGAAUCCCAGAAGUCAUCAUGGGCAUCACUUUCCUGGCAGCUGGCACCAGUGUCCCUGACUGCAUGGCCAGUCUCAUCGUCGCCCGACAAGGGAUGGGCGACAUGGCUGUGUCCAACUCCAUUGGCAGUAACAUUUUUGACGUGCUGUUGGGCCUGGGCUUCCCCUGGGCACUGAGGACUCUCAUAGUCAGCUAUGGAUCAGUGGUGACAAUAAACAGCAAAGGCCUGGUCUACUCAGUGAUUCUGCUGCUGGCCUCAGUCACGCUCACUGUCCUGUGUGUCCACCUGAACCGCUGGAGGUUGGACCGCAGGCUGGGACUCUGUCUGCUGCUGCUCUACGCCAUCUUCCUCCUCUGCUCUGUCGGCUUCGAGAGGCUGUAGAGGACACACACACACACACACACUCCUCACACACUCACAGACAAGUGGGCCGACUUUUUCUCAACCUUCCCUGCUGCCAUUAUUAAUCAAAUGUACGGAGAGAUGAAUUUUAAUUUCAUUUCACAGUAGCUGUACAUGUUUGAGCAGCGUUACUAUGACACCGGCUGCCUGAAAGCGACAUUGUUUACCUUUGAUAAAUGAGUAUUUUACAUAGUUUUGUACCGAAGCACCUCCAGCCCAGCUUUUGUGAAAUGAAACCCGACCCGAUAAUGCACUGUCUCACAACAAAUUUAUAAAGUAUUGAAUUUGUAUUCUGAAACCAAGAAUAUUGCGUAAUGAACCCCAGAGUGUGUUAGUUUACUGAUUACUUAUAACUGCCACAAGUAACCUCAACGACCAGAUGAUUAUACAUGUAAGUUUAUAUAGUUGCUUCUCAGUUUGUGCAUUUACGUUUUUACAUUUACAAUUAUGUAAAGUUUAACGUCAUCACACCUUUGUGUCUGUAGCUGUAAAUCGUAUAGCAUGGCUGAUCAUCACGCUCCAGAUAAUUGCACUAAGCCACUGUUGUCUUGGCCUUGUACAGAACGUAGGCCCUCCUCUUUCCUUAAAGCUUCUCAGCACAAGGUUGUGUUUUUGUUUAAAGGUGACUAUACGCUAUGAGGUGUUUUUGAGUGUCUGUUUUGGAGAGAGAGUCCUUGAGUAUAAGUCCUUGAGUUAUGAGUGCAAUAAAACACUUUGUUCUGUGAG